AUGGAUGAGUCGUUCGCCACAGGCGACGACUUUAUCAGCUUCGAGCUCGGCCCGGGUGAGACCCUCGACCUCGAGUCCUCACCCCCGCCCGUCCUCGACAUCGAAUCGCCGCUACCGAGCGCCGGUGAAGACGGUGCCCAGCAGCGCAAGAAGCGCAAAUCUGAGGGAGGCCAGCCGGAAGGAAAGCGGCAAAAGGGCGAAGAUGGUGCUCCCGGUCCGAGGAACCUGAAGGAGGAGCGCAAGGCUGCAGAGCGCGCUGCCCCCUGGGCCGAGGACGUCGACUGGCUGCACUACGACGACCCGGCGGCUCUGCUGAACGCUGAAGUGCAUGCGUUUUACAAGCACAUGUCACCAACGCAGCACGAGUUCCACGUCCGCAAAACGAUGAUCGAUCUCAUCACGCACAUCAUUCGGAAGGAGUGGCGCGACGCGACGGUGACGCCGUUCGGCUCGUGGGAGACGCAACUCUACCUCCCGACAGGAGACAUCGACCUCGUUGUGUCGACACCGCGCUUAUCGGAGAAGAACAAGGUGACAAUGCUGCACCAGCUCGCGCGCAUGAUGCGCGGGAACCACAUCACUGAGACCGUCGCCGUCAUCACGCGGGCCAAAGUUCCGAUCAUCAAGUUCGUCACAGCCGAGGGCGGCAUCAACGUCGACAUCAGCCUGAACCAGACGAACGGCGUUAGUGCCGUCAAGAUCGUGAACCACUACCUGAAGGCUCUGCCCGGUGCGCGCGAGCUCAUCCUCGUCAUCAAGGCGUUCCUGUCCCAGCGUUCCAUGAACGAGGUUUACACCGGCGGUCUCGGAUCGUACUCCGUCAUCUGCCUCGCGCUCAGCUUCCUCCAGAUGCACCCGAAGGUGCGCCACGGCGAGAUUGAUCCAGUGAAGAACCUGGGAGUGCUGCUUGUCGAAUUCUUCGAGCUCUACGGCCGGUCGUUCAACUACGACGAGGUCGGCAUCAGCGUGCGCAAGGGCGGGCGCUACUUCCCGAAACGCUCGCGGGGGUGGUACCUGGACUCGCAGCCGUUCCUGCUCUGCAUCGAGGACCCACAGGACACGGACAACGAUGUGUCCAAGUCCUCCUUCGGCAUCCGACAGGUCAAGAUGACCUUUGGUGGCGCGUACGACCUGCUGCAAGCCCGUCUGAUCGAGCGCGACGAGUGGCUCCGCUCGAAGAACCGCGACGACUUUGACCCGCAGACCCUCACGAUCCUCGGUGCCAUUAUGGGUGUGACCAAGGAGACGACCAAGUUCCGACACGGUCUGCGGUCACUCGACGAGAGCGGGGUGCUGGACCGGCGGCUCGCGAAGCUGCGCGGCCGGGACGGCGAGCUCGACUCUGGGGUGACGGAGCGCGAGCCGCCUGCCCCUGAUGCAGGCUUCAGCUCGAUCAAUGUCGACGACUCGGAGGUAGAGGACAACUACUCAUCAGCAAGCAGCGUGGACGACGGCGUCGUCGGUGUCGAGCGCGGCUCCGGAAUCGCCGGCAUCCCCUCCCUCGCGGCGCGGAUACGCGAUCCGCGCUCCGUCAGCGAGGACGAGUUCUCCCCACCCCCCGAGGAGUCGCGGUACGCCAUGCCCUCGAAAGCCCAAAAGGCGAAGGCGCGCUCUGCCCCGGCAAGCGCACAGGCGAGCAAGGCAUCCAGCCGGGUCAGCAGUCGAGUCUCGAGCCGCGUCAGCUCAGCGCAGGGCAGCGUCGGGAGCGAUAGCGACGGUUCCACGCCUGCGCCAUCGAAAGCCUCGGCACGCCGCAGUAGAGGCAAGAAGAAGAAGCAGCAGCAGGCAAGCGCGCUUGAGGACCGGAUAGCGGCCUGGAGCGAUGCGGCCAAGCGCCGGCGGGACUUUUGGGCGGCCAAGGGCGUGCUUGAGGAUCAGGACGAGGACGAGGAGUAG